AUGUCAACAGCACAGUUAUUUAAAGUACAAAGUAAUCAUUUUCUCAAGGAAAAUCUUGCCUUAACAGAAUAUCGGACUGAACCAUUUUUUAAAGACAAUUUACCUGUUCCAUUUAUAUCAUCUAGUGUUCAGAGUAAAUUAGCUAUACGUGCAGUAAUUUUAAAUGAUCCAAUACUAUUAAAAUGUCUUAUUGAUGAUGUUGAUCGUGUUUGUUCGGUUCAUAUUAGACAUGAUUUAUCCGAAAGUUUAUCAGUUAUUCAUUAUGCUAUUAAAAAUAAUAAUAUUAAUUUACUUAAAAUAUUAUUAGAAGAUUUAAAAAAUCCUAAAGAUAAUCGAUAUCCUUUUCCUGAAGUAACCAUAAAAAAGCAAAGUACAGGACAGUAAGUAGAAUUGAAUCCAUUUGGUUUUUUUUAUUUCAAAUCUAUGAUACAAAUAUUGCAAAUCUAUAUUUAUC